UCAUUUCUGCUACAGCCAUUAAUAAAGAUAAGGCCCCAAGGAAUCUUUCCAAUAGUUCAACCUCUGCCAUGAUUGGUUGUCCUAAAUCUUAUGAAACACUCUCAAGAUUCUUCAAAUCUCCACAUCAUUUCUCUAUGUCAUAAUAAUGUAGAAAUUUCUAGGGCCUAUGAUUGUUACUGAAGGUCUGAAUCUGGGAGCAAUUCCCAUGACAGAGACAUGGCCCGGAGGCAAAAUAGUUUUCUCUGUUCUUGGCUGGCAUUUCCAGCCACCAAGCAACAUGGAAAACCACAUUCCACACGAAUCAUGGCAUGAUGUUGUGCCAGAGCACACGGUCCCCAGUCGUUCAAGUUCCAUGCAAAUGUGUUGUGCUUCUUACUGCGUGUUGGGAAAAUGAUAUGAAGCUCCCAUCCAUUGAUAGAUCAAGAGGUGCACUGUUUUGUAAGGAUCGAAGCAGCGGACAUGUUUAGCAUGGAUGCAUGUUUGUGACAGACUCCGGAUGGAGUCGAGUAAGGUUGUGAUGGAUCAAGAAAUUGAAUGUUCAGUGACGAAGAGCUUGGAUCGGGCAAAACCUUGUGAGCGACGGUGAUUCACAUAACAGGGAUGGAUAUAUGUAGCUGAGUUAUGACGAAGAAGAAAAGCCAAGGAGAGAUAAGUCUGUCGACAGUGGUUGUGAUGAUCCACCCGCAGACAGCAGCAACAGCAUGUGCCCCAUCACCCUCAGUGUGGAUUCUCCCUCACUUGGGUGAUGUCAGCACCCACAUCCCCUGUCACAGCUGCAGCAGAGAGAGAGAGAGAGAGAGCGAUAGUAAAGCCAAAGUGAUGCCUGGAGCUCAAGUUUUGAGCCUCCCGCAAGCAAAUGCUGCAGCUGGGAAGACCCACUGAGCCCUGGACACUCCUGUCAUAAAGGAGGAGAUCCAUCUGCGGUACACCGAGCAUCUACUCUCUGGGUGGGCUUCUCGUCGUCGCAAGGUACGCAGGGACGAGAAAGUUCCUGCCUUUAUCGCAAAGAUCGCUUCUUUUCGCCGGUCUUUGCUGGGUUCUCAGUUUGUUCUUGGUCGGAGGACCGUUUCGCAUCAGAUCUGUAAGCUAUUUUGCUCGGAUGAUUAGAAAAGCUGGUGUAUCAGACGCAACAGGAGGGAGAUCUGUACGGAUCGGUUGAUCGUGUCAAGGAUUUCAUCGUCUGAGAUCUUGCCUCGUUCACGUCAAUUCCUCGGAUUUCUGGGUUUUGGGAGCAUCUCAAAAGGAAAACUCUCGUUUUUCUGUCUCUUUGCUGUUCUAAUUUUUACGUUCUUAAGCAUUGCUGGUAGAUCUUCUUGAAGGAUGCUUGGUAGCAGAUAAAGAUUUGGAUUGGAUCAAAGAAUGACGUUUCUUGGGCUUCUUUUUCUGGGUCUCGCAUCAUUUUCUUUUGGAACUGGAAAUGCUCAAGCGAACAGCUUUCUGGUCGAUUGUGGUUCUAAUUAUAGCACCACUGAUGCUAAUAGUAGGAAAUGGGUUGGAGAUUCUUCCGGUGAUGGUUUUUCCCUGAGCUAUCCUGGAACUACUGCAUCGACUUCCACAGUGGAAGAAAACUCCGUUUACCAGUCCUUGUAUAAGACUGCUAGAAUAUUUGAUACUCCAUCUCACUAUGGCUUCAAUGUGUCUUCUGGGAGUUACUGCUUGAGGCUUCAUUUCUACCCCUUCUCGUUUGUAAAUUUGAAUGUCAAUGAUUCAGUGUUUGAUGUAACCGCGAACGAGCUCAAGUUGGUUUCUAAGUUCAAUGUGCCGGCAGAAAUCUCAUGUCGGAGCACCACAAACAACUCGGUCAUUACUUCCCUGGUGAAAGAGUACUUCCUUUACAUCAGUUCAAGUGAACUGCAAAUUCGGUUUGUACCGAACUCAGGGUCAUUUGCAUUUGUCAAUGCCAUCGAGGUUUUCGAAAUACACAACAACUUGUUUGUUGACUCUGUCAACAGAGUAGGCAGCAAGGAGAAGGUUCCUUUGAGUAUGAAUGACCUUGGAAUUGAGACGAUGUACCGGUUAAAUGUUGGAGGGCCGGCACUUGAGCCAAGCAAAGAUCGAGAUCUGUGGAGAACAUGGGAGCCGGAUGAUGGAUUUAUGUUUUCUGUGAAUGCUGCUACUGCAAUUAGUAGUACAUCCAAGAUAAGCUAUUCAUCAGUUAAUGACUCUUCGAUUGCACCUCUAUUGGUUUAUGAGACAGCCAGAAUAAUGUCUGAUAAUGAAGUUGUUGAGAAGAGAUUCAAUGUCUCAUGGAGGUUUGACAUAGAUCCCAACUUUGACUACUUGGUCCGGUUGCACUUCUGUGAGUUGAUCUAUGACAAGCAAAACCAGAGAAUUUUCAGAAUCUACAUCAAUAAUAAAACUGCGGCGGAAGAAUACGAUGUGUUUAUACGAGCAGGAGGGAUGAACAAAGCCUACCAUGAAGACUAUGUUGAUAUUGUACCACAGCAGAUAGACACCCUUUGGCUUCAGCUAGGGCCUGAUUCAUCGAUAGGUGCUUUGGGUAUUGAUGCGAUCCUCAACGGUGUGGAGAUCUUCAAGCUCAGCAGGAAUGGAAAUUUAGCUCAUGUUUCAGAGAGGAUUGGUACUGGUGGGGAAGGAUUUGGUACAAAGAGGACAAAAAGUAAAGUUCUUUGGGCAGCCACCGGUGGUAUUAUUUCUGUGGUUACCAUUUCCAUGGCAUGUGUUUUUUAUUGCCACCGAAUUCAGAAAAGGAAAGCAGAUGGUGUUAAGGAGAAUCCUCCUGGUUGGCAUCCGCUUUUCCUUCAUGAGACAAUUGCAAGCACCACAAAUGCUGGCACAUCCAAACUGCCUUUGAUCAAUGAUGGUUUAGCAGCUUCUUAUAGGCUUGGUAGAAGAUUCACUUUAGCAGAAAUUAAAGCUGCGACAAGCAACUUUGACGAUUCCUUGGUCAUCGGAACUGGAGGCUUUGGCAAGGUCUACAAAGGUGAGAUUGAUGACGGGAUACCGGUUGCUGUGAAGCGAGGAAAUCCACAGUCGCAGCAGGGCCUAGCAGAAUUUGAAACAGAGAUCGAAAUGCUGUCAAAGCUUCGGCAUCGGCAUCUCGUCGCGAUGAUCGGUUACUGUGAGGAGCAAAGAGAGAUGAUUUUGGUUUAUGAGUACAUGGCAAAUGGGACACUUCGAAGCCAUCUCUAUGGCACUGCUCUUCCAGCUUUAUCAUGGAAACAGCGGGUUGAUGCAUGCAUUGGUGCAGCACGCGGUCUACACUAUCUUCACACUGGUGCAGACAGGGGUAUUAUCCACCGAGAUGUCAAGACAACAAACAUUUUGUUAGACGAGAACUUUGUUGCAAAGAUGGCCGACUUUGGGUUGUCAAGAGCUGGUCCCUCUUUGGAUCAGACCCAUGUGAGUACUGCAGUGAAAGGGAGUUUUGGUUACCUUGAUCCUGAAUAUUUUCGGAGGCAGCAGUUAACCCAAAAAUCAGAUGUGUAUUCCUUUGGAGUUGUGCUCUUUGAAGUUGUUUGUGCGCGUCCAGUGAUAAACCCAAGUUUGCCGAAGGAUCAAAUAAACCUGGCUGAAUGGGCACUGCGAUGGCAAAGGCAACGGUCACUUGAGUCGAUUUUGGAUCCCAGAUUGGCAGGAGAUUACUCUCUGGAGUCUCUGAAGAAGUUUGGAGAGAUUGCAGAGAAAUGUCUGGCAGACGAGGGAAAGAACAGACCUACAAUGGGGGAGGUACUUUGGCACUUGGAAUAUGUUUUGCACCUGCACGAAGCAUACAGGAAGAGCGGAGAUGGGGAUUCUUUUGGGAGCGGUGAGUUGGGAUUCGCAGAUAUGUCUUUCUCACUCCCAUUUGUCCGAGAAGGAGAUGAGGAACCUUUUCCGUAGCCAUCAAGAUUCAAAGAUUUCCUCGAGAGCCAAAAGGCCUUCGACAUUGUUCGCUGUAGACAGUUGCUGGUGUUGGUAUUCCAAAGCUAUUUUACCAUCAGAAAAGG